AUGAUCUCGCAAAACGAACAAGCAUCUCGCAGCCCCCAUACGAAUAAGAGACCGACGUCAAGGAAUCGACAGGGUGUUCAUGGUGUCCCGAUAGUCCCGACUCAAGCGCCCCGGAAAGAGUCCUCGACAAACGCCUCGAAUCCACCCUCUGUGCCAGGAACUGUCGCGCCGUCUGCUUUCCGACUUCGACCGCAUGAAAACCUACAAGACAAGUCGACGGCUGCGCUUGAAUCCAACCAACUCAUAACGUACUUCCCCUAUCCUAUUUCAUCUUCUGGAAUCCCGCAGUCUUUCCCCUCGCCCAAAACGCCACAACCGUCUCUAACGUUUUCCUUCGGCAGUGACUGCGCAGCCGCUCUUCCCUCUCCGGCCCCAACUGACCAACCUAGUCCUCCCACAGUCACAUCAAACCAGACCUCGCAUCAGAUCCGGGAGACUUUCCUUCAAAGUCCAGAACUCGGGCUCGAUUUCGCAGCCAACAACUCAAACGCAACGACGGCUUGGACUAGCGAGACCCGCGCCCAGGAAACACCAGCCAAUGUACUCGCGCAAAAUUUCUCGGGAGCUGGCUCUGGGAACGCUGUUCCAGAUCUGAGCAAGCCGACUCCUUUAUCAACAAAUCUUCACUCCACCUCAAGAUUCACCUCCUUCGAACCCAGUGAGCACCCAGCGCUGUUGACACCGUCAAUCACGCUCUCUGGAAACCCACCAAGCUCAGUCUCGGUGUCACUCCCUCUGGUUCCCGACUCUCAAGCCGCGCCUAGCCCUACGCUCAAUAUAUCAUCUCGACUAUCAUCUGGCCAGAACUCUAGACCGCCAGCGAUUUCAAGUCCGCUUGUUGCUGGUGACCACACGCCACAGCCUCCUGGCGAAAGGCAAGAUGCUUAUUCCCAUGCAGUACAGCCCGCAGGAACUAGCCGGGACUCGCUAGAUAGCUUCGUUCAAGUAGUCAUGGCCAAGAACCUCGACAGCUACAUAUCCGAUCGCGGCGGCAUGGCCAAACUUCCAGAAGAUGGCACUACGGCACCCAGAGUACGGCUUCUCAAAGACGCUAUUGAGAAGGCUGAUUACUUCUACAUAGUGCUUCACCAGAUCCUUUGUUUAUGGACGCUUGAGAAAAAAGCCGCACAGGAGCUCCUUGGUCUUCCUCCUGACGUGACGGACGGCGCACUCGGCAUUAUGCAAAAUGUCCUUCGAAAGAACGAAAACAUGGGCCAUGACACGAUUUUCUUCUUCGCAAACUUUCCAGCUAGUAGUGCCUCUGGACUUUGGCAUACUGAAGCCUACCGCAACCACACUAGGGACAUUUCCAGAUUCCUAAACAAUCUCCACGAACAGUGGAACAGAAUUUUGGUUCCUGCCAUGCGACCUCACUCAGGUCGAGGCUAUCCUAUCUUGGCAGAUGAAUUACGCUAUCAGCUCAAACUUCGGUCUCCGAUUCUAGAGACUAUUUUCUUCACUGUCACUAGGAGACAUACUGGUGUCCCAGACGGGCUCAUCGCCGAUCAGAUGAAUGCGCUAUUCCGACAAGAUUCUCAGAACGACCAAACACAGAUGUCCGAAGAGGAGCAAAGGGUGUUCCAACACUCGCUGAUCUCGCGAUACAAGAUCUUGGUCAGUCAAAGUCAACAGCAGCAGCAACAACAACAACGGCGAGUAGCACAUCAGCAGCAGCAGCAGCACCCUCAACAACAGCACCAUCAGCAACAGUCGCAUCAACACCAGCAAGCUCACCUUCAACAGCAACAGGACUUCGCCAGAGCAGCCGCCAUAGCACAACAGCAAACCGCAAUCGGCAAUCUUAGAAGGAUGUCUACCAACUUCUCCCCGGCACAAGCCAGAGCGCCAACACCGAUACAAAAUUCUCCAACUCAAGGGGCUGAAAAUAUGACCGGGAUGCCAAAUUCCUUCGACCAACGCGCCGGGCCAGUACCGUCACAGUUGAGGCUUCUCAGUCAAUCCCUGGCGAAUCAGCCCCUGACCCCAACAGGUUCGCCUCACUACCCCAGCAUGCAGUUGCCACAUGUGGCACAGGCUCCAGGGCAGAUAUCUCCAGUUCUCCAAGCACCACCAGGGGGGCUAUCAAUGUCUAUGCCAGGCCUGACAUCGCCUACGCAGGCUGUUGCCCCUAGAGCCCCCCCACUUCAUCCGCCUGGGUUGUUUCGUGAUCCCUCACAUUAUCAGACUCAACCCCAUAAUCUAGGUUAUCAGCUCCUCCAGCAAGCCCGCGAUGCAGAACAAAGGCAUACCAGGUCCCGGCAACUGGAUACUGCCCAGAACCAAGCCCAGGCUAUGACGCAGCUGCAAGCUACGAACGUGGUCCCCCCUAGAAUUCAACUCCAUCACCACCACCAACACCAUCACUCCUCUCCGCGGCCUCAAGGAAUGCAGCAGGGGCCGUCACGUGGAGCGGCUGUGCGGACAUCAGUAAUGCAGCAGCUGCCUUCGCCUCAACCCGUCGCUUCUGUUUCGCAUGCGAGCCCAAGAGGUUUAGGAAUCACUCAGGGAGCCCCGAGUACGCAAAUGACGAGGCCUCCUUCGGCUAGCUCUAGGCCCACUCUGCCGCGAGAGUUACCCAGGUCGGAAGACCAGUCACAACCAGUGAGGUUUUAUCAGUCCACCAAAGAGCUUGCUCUAGGCCCGAUCGCAACACCAGCCACGAACUGUGUGCACCGUCUCGCCUUUGUGGUGCCCGACGAGCACUGCAACAAGCUCUGCCCGACGAGCAAUUUGGUAGGCGACUGUGUUCCAGUCUCGGAGUACUUUGAAGGGUCUCUUCGAUACCGUCUUCGUCUCUGCGAGUUGCCAAUCAACCCGGCCGAACCGGCAAACAUCUCAGAAUCUGUCUGGGCAGUAGCACAAUCCUACUGGCCUGAACAUAUUGCCAUCAUGGUCAAUGAAAACGUCGUUGCGGUCCGCCGAAAGCAGCAUAACGGGCAGCAUCUGCCUGUGGAACUCACUCCAUACAUACAAGCUGGCACAAAUUCAAUAACUGUCAGCAUCAGCCCCAUGCCCGCGGCUCAAAAGCCAAACAUGAUGUACUUCAUGGCUGUUGAGGUGGUUGAGACGCUGAGUCAUGACAACAUUGUCAACAUGGUUUUGAGCCAGGGCACAAUCUCGGCGGACACGACAAAGCAAGUUAUCCGGAGCCGUCUGGAACCAGCGUCUUCCAAUGGGGACGAUGAGUUGGUUGUGGUUGGCAGCGAUCUCAGCAUUGAUUUAGCCGACCCUUUCAGCGCCACGAUAUUCAAAAUUCCAGCGCGCGGUGUUGGCUGCACGCACAUGGAGUGCUUUGAUCUGAUCAACUGGCUACAAACCCGACCGGUCAAGCCUAGGUGCACCGCGCACGGGGCUGGCGAUGCAUGCCGCGUUUGCAAUCGCGGUACCGAAGCGAGACCUGAGCCUUCUUUGGUUGACAAGUGGAAGUGUCCUCUUUGCGACGGAGAUGCUCGCCCGUAUAGUCUUCGAGUUGAUAAGUUUAUGGAAGACGUUCGCAAGAGCCUCGAGGCUGAGGGCAAACUUCAUACGAAGACCAUUUAUGUUAGGGCUGACGGAAUGUGGAAAGCCAAGGAAGAGGAGGCUGAUGACGAGGAGGAGGAAGAGAAUGCAGAAAACGGGCAGCCGCCAGCCAAACGGGCCAAGACACGGCCGUCAAUACCGGAGCCAGAGAUCAUUGAGCUGGACUAA